UUCUCAUCAUUUCAAGAACUAUAAAUCUUUCUCUACUAAAUUAGUACUAUAUUGUAAAACAAGUUUUCCAUCAAAGACUAGCAAAAAUGAAACAAAGGGUGAUUAUCAAAUUAUUCAUUGAUAGGAAUAAUCGGAAAUCUCGGACAAAGGCCUUCAAAAUUGCUGUUUCUCAACCAGGUGUGGAAUCAGCAGCUAUAAAGGAAGGUGAAGAUUUCGAAUUAGAAGUAGUGGGAGAGCACAUUGACGCAGUAGUUCUUACUAACUGCCUCAGGAAGAAAUUGGGCCACGCUCAGCUACUGAGCGUGAGCCCUGUUGUCGUUGUUGCUGACAACGACAACGUGGGAGGGGGCACAGAUGCAAAUCCACAAACCCAUAGUUACCCAUAUUUUGGGGUACCUCAAUACCAAGUAUAUGAAGUUAGCGACCCGAACCCGGAAUGUUGCUCCAUAAUGUGAAGUAUUAAUUACUUUGAUUAUAUUGCAUGAAAUGUAACGAUCUGUA